AAUACAGCUAAAAGCUGCAUUUGUCUUUAAACAUCGGGAUCUUUGACAUCAUCUGAAAACCCUACUUUCUUUUUCCAAUUGUGUAUAAACUCUUGUCUUUUUUAGACACACAUAGUUAGGGAUUUAAUUGAUUGUGCCAGCUUCUUCUGAUUCAAUUAAUCAUUCUUAUUAGUUUCUUGUUUUCCUUUUUUUAGAUUUGUGUUAAUCCAAUAUCUUUAUAAAAUGAGUAAUCAUCAUAUUAGGUUAAGAUCGGUAACUAUUGUCUUAACCAUUCUUUUAACCAUUAUCAACCAAACCCAAAGUGAUGAACAUGACCAUAAGUAUGAAGAUAAUGAUGAAGUUGUUCUGUGGAUGAACACUGUUGGUCCAUAUCCGAAUAGACAAGAAACUUAUACCUAUUUUUCUUUGCCGUUCUGUCCUGGUCCCAAAAAAACAAUUUCCCAUUACCAUGAAACCUUGGCGGAGGCCCUUCAAGGUGUUGAACUUGUAUUUAGUGGACUUGAUAUUGAUUUCAAAGCCAACGUUGCCAAGACUCCUUACUGCCAUGUAACUCUGAGCGAGGAAAAGUUGCAAGCAUUUAUUUAUGCAGUCAAAAAUUAUUAUUGGUAUGAAAUGUACAUAGAUGGAUUACCAAUUUGGGGAGUAGUUGGUGAACACGAUGAGACAGAUAAUAGUUAUUACCUGUAUACUCACAAGAAAUUUGAUAUUGGUUACAAUGGUAACCAAAUUGUUGAUGUUAAUCUGACCACCGAUGGAAAAGCAAAACUUGAACUAGGAACCAAGCUUGAAUUCACUUAUGAAGUCAACUGGAAAAAAUCAUCUAUUAAGUUUGAGCAUCGAUUCGAUAAAUAUUUGGACGCUAGUUUCUUCCAACAUCGAAUUCACUGGUUUUCCAUAUUCAAUUCUUUCAUGAUGGUUAUAUUUUUAGUUGGUUUGGUUUCCAUGAUUCUUAUGCGAACAUUGAGAAAAGAUUACGCUAGAUACAGUAAAGAUGAAGAUAUCGAUGAUAUGGAAAGAGAUCUCGGCGAUGAAUAUGGUUGGAAACAAGUUCAUGGUGAUGUUUUCAGAAACCCAUCUUAUCCAAUGAUGUUAUCCAUUUUGAUUGGAACUGGCUAUCAGAUUGCUUCUGUAACUUUCAUUGUAACCAUAUUUGCCAUCAUGGGUGAACUUUACACCGAAAGAGGUUCCCUUUUGUCCACAGCUAUGUUCGUUUAUGCAGCUACCUCUCCUAUCAACGGUUACUUUGGUGGUUCACUGUAUGCUCAAUAUGGUGGUCGAAACUGGAUUAAGCAAAUGUUCCUUUCAGCAUUCUUUCAUCCUUCAAUAAUCUGCGGUACAGCUUUCUUAAUAAACUUCAUCGCUAUUUAUUAUCACGCUUCUCGUGCUAUUCCUUUUGGCUCAAUGGUAGCGGUCACUUGUAUCUGUCUUUUCGUUAUCCUUCCUCUUACUCUCAUCGGAACUGUUUUGGGCCGCAAUCUAUCUGGUCAGUCAAAUUAUCCAUGUCGUGUAAAUGCUGUUCCUCGACCAAUACCUGAAAAGAAAUGGUUUAUGGAGCCAGAAAUGAUUGUUCUACUUGGAGGAAUUCUUCCUUUCGGUUCUAUUUUUAUUGAAAUGUACUUCAUUUUUACUUCCUUCUGGGCAUACAAAAUCUACUAUGUAUAUGGUUUCAUGCUUUUGGUAUUCCUCAUCUUAUCUGUGGUCACUGUUUGUGUAACAAUCGUUUGCACCUAUUUCCUUCUCAAUGCUGAAGAUUAUCGAUGGCAAUGGACGAGCUUCAUGGCUGGAGCAUCAACUGCUGGCUACGUUUAUUUAUAUUCAAUUUAUUAUUUCUUCUUUAAAACUAAAAUGUAUGGUCUUUAUCAAACAGUCUUCUAUUUUGGCCAUAUGGCACUAUUUUGUCUUGCCUUAGGAUUAAUGUGUGGUACAUUCGGAUACCUUGGAACAUCAGCUUUUGUGAGAAAAAUCUAUUCCACUGUAAAAAUUGAUUAAACCAUAUCAUUGCCUUCAAUGAAUAAAAGCUUUAAGGCAAAUAAAUAGAUAUGCUAAUUGCCAUUUAAUCAACAAGAACAACUACAACAUAAAGAUUCACAAUACCACCUAAAAUUGGAUAAAUAAGGAGCGACCCGAAGAACAUUUCGAUUCAUCUAUCAUUAUAUUUCUAAUUAACAUCAUCAUUUCUGUUCUGUACCUUUAUAUCAUUGUCACUUUUCAUUUUGCAAUCGACUUUGGGCAUGUAAAUCGAUAAAGAUGAAAAACACUUCAACAGUUGUUUUCCUGUCACCCAGCUUUGGACGUUUUCUUACCUGUUUUUCAGAUCUAUGUUGUAACAUCGAGUAAAUUUCUUAAAAAAACGAAGGAAAAUUGUAAAAAUUGAUCAAAGCCGAAGGGGAUAAUUAUACCUGAAAAGAUGAACCUAUUUAUUCAUGUAAACAUCAACAAUAACAAGCAACUAUCACGUUCAAAAAAGCCAUAUUCAACUUUAAAUCAAACAUUCAUUCAUAAAGAAAACAAAACUUCCCGUGGACGCGUAAGCGCUAGAUUUUUUUGCUAUUCCCAUCGCCGAUGGAUUUAUUGUAAUUGUAAAUAUAACAUUAUUACUAUGGAAAUUGGCAACAAUAUGAAAAUACCGAAACCAAUACCAGGUUUCUUAAUUUAUGAUUUAAUAUGGAAGGCAGAAAUUAACACUGAGUAUUUAAUUGUCAAACUGAACAAAAAUGAUACAAGAAACCAUUGAUCAGUGAAUCAACAUCAGUAAAUUCACCAAAAUCUAUCUUAAAAUGAACUGUAUUGUAAGAAACAAAGAGAUAAAUGUUGAAUAAAUGAAAUUAUUGAUGA